AUAGCUCUCAUGAUUCACGGUGGUGGUCACAUGACCCUUUCUCGCAAGGCAGUUCGCCCCGCGCAAACAAACUUUCUGCUCGAGAAUGGUGUUUUGCCAGUUAGCAUAGAUCAUCGACUCUGUCCAGAAGUCAACAUCAUCGAUGGGCCUAUCACAGACACUCUUGAUGCCUACAAAUGGAUGACAACCGCCUUGCCCAAUUUGGCACGAGCUAAGGGCAUUGUAGUCGACCCUGAACGAGUUGUAGUCAUUGGCUGGUCCACCGGAGGUCAGCUUGCCAUGACAACGGCGUGGACAGCCAAGUCUGCUGGUGUGAGACUACCACGUGCCAUUCUGAGCUUCUAUUGUCCCACAGACUUUGAGUCUGGAGAUUUGGACAAGCGCCGAGCUGAAGAGUAUCCGGAGAGAACAAUGAAGUUGAAAGACAUUAUCAAGGCACUGCCGAAGAAACCCCUCACCCAAUACGACGGUAAUGGGACUGAUACUACUGGCUUAGGCUGGGUCCGUCCGGGCGACCCCCGCUCUGAGCUCGUUUUAUCGCUUUUCAAGGAGGGCAAUGGCCUCCCUCUUCUCCUAAACGGCCUUCCUAAAGACAGUAUUAACGAACAUGACUCAUCUGACGAUGAUUCUGAGGAGGAUUCUGAAGACAGCGACGAGGAAG